UCUCCCUUCUGCGUGUGAGGACUCUGACAGCUUUUCCUGCUGCUUGUAGCGAACGGCUGAAAGGGAGUGAACACGCGGCUGCUUGUAAUACAGAGUCAAACUGAGGCAAACGCAUACACUGCUGAACAGUCAUUGGACAGGACUGUGAAGACUUUUCGUGGUUUUGGCUGUGUAGCAUAUUGAUGCAGACAGUUUUGGACUAAAGAAGUCUGAUGAAGUGUCUGAUGCUGUAGGAGAACAGCUUUGAGAUUUAUAUGUGUGUAUAGACGAAGACCCAAGAUAUUCUGAGGACACAAGGCCAUAACCAGAGUGAGAAGCUUGACCCAUCUAAAAAAAAAAAAACAGUGCACCAUGAAGAGAAACUGACUGCUUUAUAUGUUUUUUUUAUCCUCUGGGUUUGGAAACACAGGACAAAGCCAGGAUGAAUGUGAAAAGGAAGGAGAUGGAUUUCUUGAGCAACACUAUUGCUGCUUACGCUCACAUUAAAGCCAAUCCAGAGAGUUUCGGCCUUUACUUUGUCGUCGGCGUCUGUUUUGGCCUGGUGCUCACUCUCUGCCUCUUGGUCAUCCGGAUUUCCUGCAAGCCUCGGACCACUACGGCAUCCCCCACGCCAGAGAAAAAACAGCUGAAAGACUAUAGUGAGGAAGACGAAGAGAGCGAUGAUGAGGAGGAGGAAGAUGCAGGAGGCCUGGAGUCCUCUAUCCAGCACAGCACCACAGAGAUUGCCAUGAGCAACCACCUCAUCACGCCGGACGGGACUCUGAGCAGGAACGUGUUCACCUCAGCUGAGGAGCUGGAGCGGGCACAGCGAUUGGAGGAAAGGGAGAGGAUCAUCAGGGAAAUCUGGCGAAACGGACAGCCAGACAUUCUGGGAACAGGGACAGGCACUAUUGGAAGAGUGCACUACUACUAACACUCAUGAAUACAAACUCAAGCCAUUUCACUGGUUGAGUGCAGUACUUUGGAAGACUGUUAAUGGACAGUGUUUCCAUUUUUUUUUAUACGUUGGACUGAUGUUAUUGUAAUCCUACAGACCACGGGUACAGCUGUUCUGUAUGCAACAUUUGGUUGCUGUCAGUCUCCAUGUCAUGGUGCUUAUUAAAAAGUCAUCUUAAAGCACAAAUUUAGACUUUGAUGUCAGAGUUGAUGUUUAAAAAUGAUUUGUGAAUUGUACGUGAUUAUUAGAAGCUCACUGAAAGCAAAUGCACUUUUGCACCAUGCCAUUUAUUGUGUAUAGAUUUUUUUUCCUUGCUAUUUUUGUACUUUUUUU